UCUACACUCUUUCUUGUUUUCAUCCUGAUCUCAUCUCCACUUCACUGGCCGUCUGCUUUCUUCUUCUGCUCCUUCUUCAAUGGAGGCUGAGGCGCUGUACAGCUUCAGAGCCACUGAAUGUGAUGAGCUCAGUUUCCAGAAGGGUGAAAUUCUCAAGGUGACAAACAUGGAUGAUGAUCCAAACUGGUACACGGCAGAGCUGUUGGGUAGACGAGGCUUUGUCCCGAAGAACUAUAUCAAUGUAAGACCUCACACGUGGUUUGUGGGUGGAAUUUCCCGUCAGGCUGCAGAAAACCGUCUGAGGCCGCUGGAGUGUGGAGCGUUUCUCAUUCGGGAGAGCGAGAGCACACCAGGAGAGUUUUCUGUGUCUGUCAGUUAUGGGGACCAUGUGCAGCAUUUUAAAGUCCUAAAGGAUGGAUUGGGGCAGUACUUCAUAUGGGACGAAGUGUUCAGCUCCCUCAACCAGCUGGUGGACUUUUACAGAAUCAACAGCAUUGCCAAAGAGCGGACGGUGUUCCUGCGCGAGCCCGAGGGGUCAUUAGCUCAAAGGCCGCGUCAUGCUCAUGCCAUCUUUGACUUCACAUCUAAUCACGUGACUCAUCUGCGAUUCUUGCGCGGGGACGUGAUUGAUCUGCUGGACUGUUCGGAUGCUCAGUGCUGGAGGGGUCGAUGCCGAGGAAGAGUGGGCAUUUUCCCACCUGAAUAUGUGCAGCCAAUUUACCACUGAACCAGCUUCACCAUCCUCUACAGCACAGGCACAUUUAGACACAUUCAUCAAUUACACACACUCCUUAAACAUCUGAAGGUGAGCUAAGUCUUUUGCAUCAAUGUUUGGUGAUUAAGGUUUGAAUUAAACCUCGGGUGUCAAAAGUCUGCACUUGCAUCAUCCUCAUUUUCAGUAAAUCAGAGAGCCGUUUUAACUUGUCGACAAGCCAGUUUUGUAACACCCUUGCGGAUCAUAACAAUUGAGUAUUCAGCACUCAUCGAUUAUCCGUCUUUCGAGCUUCCCGUCUUUUCUUCUUUCAAAUACUUUCGAAAAGAGUUUUUUUAUAUUGCACUUAAAUAUGUUCUGCAAAAAAAAUGCUUUGUUGUCAAACCAGAAC